CGCCGUGGCCGCCGCUGGAGCUAGACCCCGUGGGAUGGGGCCGAAAACUGUACCCGUCGGGAGCGCCGAGGUCUUCAGGUGGGCUGAUGUUCGGCCUGCACCACCAGGAGGCGGCGGGAGGUCUCCACGCGCAGCCCCGAGGGCCCGUCACCUCCCUCAAGGAGGAACCGCUCACCCGCGCGUGGAUGACGCCAAGUUCCUUAGUUGACAAUACCAACACAGUGGGCGUCGGCCGAGCCCACUUCGAGAAGCAGCCGCCUAGCAACCUACGCAAGAGCAACUUCUUUCACUUCGUGGUCGCGCUGUAUGACCGCGCGGGACAACCUGUGGAGAUCGAGAGGACUGCCUUCAUCGGAUUCAUUGAGAAAGACCAGGAAGCCGAAGGCCAGAAAACGAAUAACGGUAUCCAGUACAGACUUCAGUUACUUUACGCUAACGGUAUUCGACAAGAACAAGAUAUUUUCGUCCGUCUCAUCGAUUCAGUCACAAAGCAGCCAAUUGUCUACGAAGGUCAAGACAAAAACCCCGAGAUGUGCCGAGUUUUGCUCACACACGAAGUCAUGUGCAGUCGGUGUUGUGAUAAGAAGAGUUGUGGCAAUAGAAACGAAACCCCAUCAGAUCCUGUCAUAAUUGAUCGAUUUUUCCUGAAAUUCUUCCUAAAAUGCAACCAGAACUGUUUGAAAAAUGCCGGCAAUCCACGAGACAUGAGAAGAUUUCAAGUAGUGAUAUCAACACAAGUGAUGGUCGACGGCCCCCUCCUAGCGAUAUCCGACAACAUGUUUGUGCACAACAACAGCAAGCACGGCCGAAGGGCCAAGCGGCUGGACCCGACUGAAGGUAUUGACGCCGCGCCAGAUAUGACUUCGGGUUUGUACCCACCCCUGCCCGUGGCGACUCCAUGCAUCAAGGCGAUAUCCCCCAGCGAGGGCUGGACCUCUGGCGGGUCCACCGUCAUCAUAGUCGGGGACAACUUCUUCGAUGGACUGCAAGUCGUCUUCGGGACGAUGCUGGUUUGGAGUGAGCUGAUAACAUCCCAUGCGAUAAGAGUACAGACCCCUCCGCGGCAUAUACCAGGGGUGGUAGAAGUGACGCUGUCCUACAAAAGCAAGCAGUUCUGCAAAGGAGCACCAGGGAGAUUUGUUUAUGUUUCAGCGCUCAACGAGCCCACGAUAGAUUACGGAUUCCAGAGGCUACAGAAGCUGAUACCGAGGCAUCCUGGGGACCCGGAGAAGUUACCAAAGGAAAUAAUCCUAAAGCGAGCAGCAGACCUAGCCGAAGCGUUAUACUCGAUGCCAAGGAACAAUCAGUUGGGACUCAGCGCGCCCAGGUCACCUCCCGCGAGUAUGCCCUUCAACUCCUACACUGGACAGCUGGCCGUCAGCGUCCAGGACACAGCUGGCUCGCAGUGGACUGAAGAGGAGUACGCGCGUAGCGGCGGCUCCGUCUCGCCUCGGUACUGCUCCGCCGCGUCCACGCCGCACGCUGCGCCUGCUUCCUACCCGCAUCCACAGCACUACCCCGCGCCGCCGACGUCGCUGUUCAAUACCAGCUCGCUGGUCAAAAGUGGCGGCUCCGUCUCGCCGCGGUACAGCUCCGCCGCGUCCUACCCGCACCCGCAACACUACCCCGCGCCGCCGACUCCGCUGUUCAAUACCAGCUCGCGUAAGUGA